UACAGACUGGGCUCAGGGUUCCCCAACUGAAUAGCAGAUAGAGGCGCUAAGGGCCCAAAGACAGAAGUGGCCUUACUUACUGAUUAGGCCCGACACCAGCCCCCGUGAAUGAGGAUUUAGUAAGUGGUAGUUAGUGGCGUAACUGCCCCCUAUUUAGCGCUUCCUGCAAAGAAAAUGUUCCGUUCCCCCAGCACAAUAUCACAGGUGAACUAAAUGUGUUGAAAAUCACUAUAAUAAAGGCACAAACUAGAAGGUCCUCAAAUGCAAAAUCUAUAGCGGCCUGAGAUAUGUUAGUUAUACACUGAAAUGGAUGGGGUGUGGGACUUGUACUUUUUCUGUUAAAAUGUCUAUUUUCCUUGUCUUAUUAGAUAUUUCAUAUAGCAUGCACUGUGGCCCCAGGAUAAAUGUGCCCGGCGCAGAAGGGGGAGGAGCCACGCUACCAGUGAGGGUACAGGGGCAGGUAAAAGACGUCUCUUGGGUUAUAAGUGACGAUGGGAGACUGAAUCAUUUUGCUACAACAAAACCCAAUGAGCCCAUUGAUAUCCGUGAUAAUAAGUUUGAUGGGAGAUUGCGCAGUGAGACAAAUGGAUCCUUAACCCUCACAGAUCUAACCAAUCAGGACCAGGGAAUCUACACAGCAAACAUUCGCUCGCAAUCAAAUCAGCGGUGUGACCAACUGUACCAUCUCCAGCUCUAUAAGACUCUCACAUCAGAAGAUAUCCUGAUCCAUCUAAAUGUCACCCUUAGUGAGACCCACAAUGGGCCCUGUACUAUUACGGGAACCUUGUCCUGCGCUGUGAUUGGCUCAGAUGUGACUCUCACCUGGAAUAACACAAACAGCCCCGGCACAGAAGUGACCAAUCACACGCUCCGUAUCUAUAAUGCUCAGUCACAUGUUACAUACAGCUGUACCGCCCGGAACCCAAUCAGCGAGGCUUCCAGAACUGCACAUAUUCCCUGCAAUAGAGAAUUCACUAGAAGAGAAAUUGGAAAUUAUACCCGGCAGAACAUGAUCCGUUUGGGUUUGGCCUCAGUGAUACUGAUUAUUACUUCAUAUCUGAUCCUCCAACACUUUCAUGGCAUGAAAAUAGAAAUGUGAUCCUCAUGGGCGGGGCUAAAUAAGCUGCUUAUUUUGUAACUCCUCAUGGGCGGGGUUUCUGAUCUCAUGUGUCUGCCAGAAUUUGUAUGUAUUUUUGAAAUCUGGAUGUGUGCCUUUAUAUGGGCACAGAACCCCUCAG